GGGGCGCGUUUGCUACCCGGUCGCUUCCGGUCGUCGAUUUAGCGGCGGGAAAGGGAGCUCUUUUGAGGCACCCACGGUAUCGCGACGUGUUUGCGUGUCCCUCUGCUUCUCCUGCGUGGCAGCUCUUUCUCCUGGCCAGCAAUGGAGAAACAGCCGGAGAAGAAAGCCGUUGCCGAGCCCGCGGACUCCGGAGGGGAAGGCAGUGCAGGCGGGCAGCCUCAGGUCGCCGGCGCCGAGGCAGCGGGCGGAGAGGACCGCAAGACCCUGCUGCUCAGGUUUUUUCCUGCGGCUGGCUCGGCCGUAGCCAAGCUGAGAGCACAAACAAAACAGCAACUUUUGGAAUAUAAAUCAAUGGUUGAUGCAAACGAAGAAAAAACUCCAGAACACAUCAUGCAAGAAAAGCAAAUUGAGGCUAAAAUUGAGGACCUGGAAAAUGAAAUUGAAGAGUCCAAAAUUGCUUUUGAAAUGACAAGUCUUGCGUUACAAAGGAUGCAGCUUUCAUCUGCACUUAAAAGAAACCUGGAGAAAACUGACACCAAAACUAGUUUACUCAUGGAUAACAUGAAACACGUAUUAAAGCUAAAUAAAUUAAUAAUGAAAUCACAGCAGAAAUCUUGGGACUUAGAGGAAAAACUGCUGGAUGUUAGAAAGAAGAGACUGCAAUUAAAACAAGCUUCAGAAAGUAAACUUUUAGAAAUACAGACUGAAAAGAACAAACAAAAAGAUGAUUUGGACAGUAUGGAAAAUUCAGACAAGAUAAAGACCAUACAACAAAACCUUCAGUUGGAGAUCCAGAUUACUACAGUUAUUCAACAUGUGUUUCAGAACCUCAUUUUGGGGAGUAAAGUCAAUUGGGCAGAAGAUUCUGCCUUGAAGGAAACUGUUCUGCAACUUGAGAAGAAUCUAUCCAUGAUCUAAUAAGAACCUAUUUUGGCAUUUUUGUUUGUUUGUUUUUAUCUUUGAUAUAUCAUUUAAACAGCAAAGUGAAAUGUAUUUUCAGGGUUUUUGGAACUAUUCUAAUACUGACUUUUUUCUUUUUCUUUUUUUUUAGCCUGACUUAAUACUAUAACAUAGAAUCUAUUGUUUUAAAUAUAAUAAUUAAAGUGACUGACAUGUUCUAAAAGAAUCCAAAAAUCUUAGCCUUGGAAGUGUUCUGAAAGAUGUCUGGUCCCGCUUUACAGUGUUUUGUAGAAAAUUUUUAACAACAUUCCUUGCAGUCUCAACUCUUGUUUGGAAUACUUCUGUGCAUUUGUUUGUCUAGUAAAAAUAUUAGAAAAUCAAUCCAAAGUGUUAACAGUUGUGAUUGCAUGUGGUGAGAUUGUGAGUGACUUUUUUCUUAUUGUAUUUCUGUAUUUAGCAAGCAUUACAAUUAUAAGUUUUUUAAAAAGGGAAUAAACCUUAACUCUGUCUUACUGAUUAAAAAAAGGAACUUGCAACUUU